AAUUGUCCACACCCUCUCUCUUUCUCUCUCUCGCGCAGAGCAAUGACGAUGGCGGUUUGCUUCUCCCCUGGCGUACACCUUGGAAUUGGAGGGGGUUGGCGUCCUCUGGUGACCCGACCACUGAAGCUCCACUGGACAAGAAGCUUCAAGUGGCACAAUGGAAGAAAAUCAGAUUUUCAACUUCGGUCAAUGAGAUGUAGUGCGUGUUGGGAGGUUGCAGUACCUUCUAGUGCCAAAUUGGUAUCAUCAAAUUCAGCCACUUUGAGGGACCUAUUCAACUCUCAUGAUAUUGUUAGAAACAUCAAGGUUGAUGUUCCACAAGUUUCUCAGUUUGCCACAGAUACCAUACAUGGAUUAGUUAUCGCAGAUCUGGACCCUGCAACAGCGAAGCUAGCAAUUGGGAUCCUGGGUCCGUUUCUCUCGGCUUUUGCUUUCCUUUUCGUUGUGAGAAUAGUAAUGUCAUGGUACCCGAAACUUCCUGUUGGGAAGUUCCCAUAUGUAAUCGCCUAUGCUCCUACUGAACCACUUCUCAUACCAACAAGGAAGCUGAUCCCUCCCCUCGGUGGAGUUGAUGUGACUCCAGUUGUUUGGUUUGGACUGGUCAGCUUUCUGAAUGAAAUACUAGUGGGUCCUCAAGGACUGCUUGUCCUUCUGUCCCAGCAAGUCGGCUGAUAAAAUUUUGUAUUAUGAAUAUAUAUGAUAAUAGAUGAAUUCUUGGUUCGCUUUUCUCGGAUUUUA